UCCGUUUUUCACUCACGCCGUUCCUUAGCAACAAGACUCCCGCGCGUCUUUAUGACGUAAACGCGUAUCAACUCCUCUCAUUGGCUGUUCGUAAGAGCACCGGAAACGGGAAAUGUUGUGAUUCUCAAUACACGACCGGCGUCAGUCAAGUCUUUAAUCUUUAUUUUUCUAUUAUACGUCAACAUUUAUAACACUUGUUUUGUGUUUAAGGACUUGCAUUGUUAGAAUGUGUCCUAUUUAAAGAGAAAGGCAUCCGUCCUGUGAAAUUAAAGGCGUUAUUUCUGUGCUAAAUAUUAGUUAUUUAAAAGCAUUACUAGGAAUAUGUCCAGUGUUGUGCAUUGACUGACUCGUUUAUUUCAUCUUUAAAGCUGUGAAUUCUGAGGAUUAAUCAUGUCAGGCAGUUUUUAUUUUGUUAUGGUGGGUCAUCAUGAUAAUCCAGUGUUUGAGAUGGAGUUUCUCCCUCCUGGAAAGACAGAAUUAAAGGAUGACCACCGACACCUGAAUCAGUUCAUCGCUCAUGCUGCUCUUGAUCUAGUUGAUGAAAACAUGUGGUUGUCCAAUAACAUGUACCUGAAGACGGUGGACAAGUUCAAUGAAUGGUCUGUGUCUGCAUUUGUCACUGCUGGUCAUGUGAGAUUUAUCAUGCUGCAUGAUGUUCGGCAAGAGGAUGGAAUCAAGAACUUCUUCAGCGAUGUGUAUGACCUGUACAUCAAGUUUGCAAUGAAUCCCUUCUAUGAAGCCAACGCUCCGAUCCGCUCCACUGCCUUCGACAGGAAAAUUCAAUUCCUUGGGAAGAAGCAUCUCAUUAGUUGAUUUGUUUUCUCUACUACUAUACUUAUCAAGUGUACAUAUUUGUGCUUUCAUUUUACCCUCAUGCAUAAUAAAUAAACAGGUGUGUUGUCUAAACUGUCUUAUCAUUUUGGAUGCAACUUGGAUCAUUUUGCACCUGAUGUUGUGCAACGAAUGCUGAAGUUCUGGGAA